AUGGAUAAUGCUGGCAUUGACAUCAAUCACAGUGAUGGGGCACGAAAGGGGCGCACAAAUCGUCCGAUUAAUGAGGGUCAAGCAGUUAAGAUCAUUGUUAAGAUUAUUGUGCUUGGGGAAGCCUUCUAUGGCCGCUCUUUUACACUUUCGGAGUCUUCCUGCACCUCCCCAGGAUGUCCAUUCAGUGGUGGUGGAACUCCAGGAGAAUGCACGGACACAGCAGGCAUUCUUUCUGAUGCUGAAAUUCAGAAUGUCAUCUCAGAGAAUAAUCUGACCCCAAUUUUGGAAGAAACAGCGGCUGUGAAAUACAUCGUUUGGGAUGAUAAUCAAUGGGUUUCCUACGAUGACGCUGAAACACUUGAUCUGAAACGGACAUUUGCAAAUUCAAAAUGCUUGGGAGGACGCUUUGUGUGGUCGGUUGACCUGGACAAUGCGACCUCCAAGGAGGCAUUGGUUGACCUAAGCACGAGCGGAUUGAAGUUACUUGGCGACGACGUCUCGUCAAAUCCCUCAUAUGCCCUUGACAAGCUCUCGGCAAUCAGCUCUCAGAACAGUGUCAACCUCUACUCUUACUGGACAGCCUGCUCUGCGGCCCCUCAAUGCAAUGCGGGGUAUUCACAGUGGACACUAGGUCAUGGAAAGGUCUAUGAUGCUGAUAAAGGAAUAUACACCGCCGAUGGAUGUCAUGGCGGUGGGAAUGGCUACAAUCGUGCCCUAUGCGUUGAAGCAGAUGUUACAGGGGUCAAUUGCAAGUGGUAUGGCAAGCCAGGUGGAUGUUCUCAAACGUGCCCAUCUGGAACAAUCUUGUUGGCCCAAAACACCCAUGUGGGAGGCGCCAAAUCCGGGUGCAAAUCCGGGCAUUUCUCAAGCUACUGCUGCGAAUCUAUUACCACCAACAUCAUUGAUGAUUGCCCGCAAAGCAAUGCCAAUAGUAUAUUUACUGGUGGUCAGGGUAUCAUUCGGAAAGAUGCAACAUCUGUCCAACUUUAUAAAGAUGAUUCAAGCUUGUCGACACUCACAGAGUGCCUCUUUCCCCUGGCAGCUUUCACAUUAUUUGUCCUUGGCGCCGGAUAUAUUAUGAAUAGCAUACCUGGGCAGUGGUCCUCAAGUGGCCUCUUCACACCUCAGAGCAACAGAGCAUAUCCGGCAGCUGCAGUAGCGAGGCCAUGUACAGAAACCGUUACGAUUCACACCACCGUCACCUCGGUUACUUCGUCCCCGAGUACUGUUACUUGUGACGGAGACAAAUACCCCCAAGCAUGCGCUCACUAUAGUUCUGUGAGCUACUGGAACCGCUAUUCUACGCUGCGAUGUCCUGUAGACAAGAUGUCUAAUAGGAAGCUUCCUGCUGUAUGGGAUAAGGAGCAUUUAAAAUCCUGGUUGCUCUGGGUACCCCCGUUCGCCAAGAGCCUGGGUGUGGACAAAUGCAACCGAGACGAGUAUCCGCCUUUUGCAUUCAUGGAGUCUACCGGAACCACGUACACCCAAUGGCUGCGUUUCCUGCCGGAAAGCCAGAACAAAGGCGCUGGUCAGCUCUGGAAAAAUAUUUGCAAAGAUUAUAAAAAAGAGACCAAGCUAGAAGGCGGACCUAUUACAAGCAGUACCUGUACUGAGAUCAAGUCGACUGUCUACACAGUCAACGCGAUGGUGAUGCAUUUUACGAACAUGCCAAACGACGACCUUCUUGCCGACAAUCCAUGCCUUCCUGAAAUUACGCAUGAUUAUAGGUUUGCUCUUAUGACGAAUGAUCGUUGGUAUGGCGUCAACUAUCUUCAAGGUCAUGACUCCGCUGCGUAUGCAAUGGACCCCGAAGCAGCGUUGACACAAGGGCUAAAACCACCACGGCAGAAGCCAGCAAAGCGUUCAUUGGGCUAUGGUAUUGAUGAACCGAUUUCCUUUGAUUUCAACCCGGAGGACAUCAUACUCGAUGAAGGAAAUUCGUCUCGUCGUGUGACACCCGAGGAACUCUAUGAGCUGGGGCUAUUGAAAUGCGAAUCGGACAACUGUGUAAAGGAGCGCGAGGCGUUGGGAAUCCCAUACGAUGAGCAGGAUGAUGCGAAAAUUGAUAUGCCUUUGCUGGCCACCACGUCGGAAUCGGCAUCGACGACGAGUGGACUGCCUACUGACUCGAGAAAUUCUGCCAGGGUAGCAUAUCCUGUUGAAACUGGGAAGUCUUCUUCUCAUCUGAAACAUGGAAGAAGACAUUCGAAUUGA